AUGAUAAAAUUCGCUUUAAUAUUAUAACUAACUCUCACUUGUUUAUACUGUGAAAUUCCCUCUGAUCCUAAAUGGCCGAACAAAUUCUAAUAAAACUUUACUGAAACAUUUACAUAUGGAUUUAUUAAAUAAUAAACUAAAGGAACUAUCUUAUAUGAUUAUGAUACGAAAACUUACAAAAUUUCUAGAGAUAAUGGUCGUUUUGACAGAUAUUGUGGCUUUAAUGGAUUAUAUGCAUUUUAAAAUACAUAAUGUGAACAUAUAGUUGUUAAUGGGGAUAGAUUUUUACAUUAUCCUUAAAAAAAUGAUUGCUGCUAUUGUUGUUCGAAUGAACAUGGGUGUGGAAUACUAAAACCUGAUUGGCUUAAUGGGGCUUAGUUCUUGGGAUAAACUGAAUAUUAAGGAUAAACUGUUUAUAAAUGGAACCAAAAAGGACUUUAAGAUAACUUUUAUUAUGAAACUGUAGCUUAAAAUCCUACAGAUAGGGUUAUGAUUAGUAUUGAUUAGGUUCCUAACGAUUUAUAAGAAUAUAUUAAUAAAAGAAAUAGUAAAUUUGAGACAAUUUAGUUACCUGGAUAUUGCAAUAAAUAAAAAACUUGUUCUAUUUUAUCAGUUUGCACUUCUUUAAGAAAAUCAAUUAAUUGA